ACCGUCAUCGGGGAACGGAGAGAGAGGGACUAUUAAACGUCACCCAUUCAUAAACUGGUACAUCAUUCGCAGAAUAACCACAGUCGCGUACGCACGCUUCUCCACACAAAGCGAACGCGCGCUAUUUUUAACGAAUUCCACUUGAGUACAAAGAGCGCCAGUGUUUGUGGCAUUUGUCUCGUGAAGAUGAGCGGGAAUUUCUUGACCAUCCCCGGCGAUGAUCCUAUUCAAAGGCGAGCACGGAGUUCGUCGCUAACAGACUUAAUCUCCGCAUUCGACACAAAAGCGCAAGCACACAGCGACCUACAGAAGGUGACAGCAUUCAGCGGGCAUUUCGACAAAAAUCAUAAGCCUACAUUCUCUAAAGAUGAAUACGGCAAACCCAUCCCUGGUUCAAUGACCGAGUUCCGAGGAGCCGAAGCUCAAGCCAGAGUGUGCACAGAAAUGAAAGAAUUAUGUGAGAUCAUCAAUGAAUAUGGAAAACCACCUUGCAAGAGUUUAUUACCUCCUGAACUGGCGUCUUCGACCAAAGUGAUCCUGUUUGGUGAACUUUUCUCGAUAUACACAGUGAUCUCGGACAAACUCGUUGGAAUACUUUUAAGGUCAAGGAAGCACCAUCUGACGUACUUCGAGGGGGAAGUUUUAUUUCAGAAACGCGAUGACGACGUGCCUAUAUUCCUGUUAAAACCAAUUGCAGACAUCAGAGCAUAUUGCGACGACAAAGCUAGCCAAGCUAGAAGAUCAGUAUCACCAAUGCCUCAAUAGAUAGAAGAAAUUUAGUUAUAUUCAAUAUAGGUAAUAAGUAUUUUAUGAAUAAAUAUGUAAGAAAUAGCAAUAUCUUAACCAACAGAAUUAAUAACCGAGAGCAAUAAUCUAAAUUUAAUCUUGGCAGUUCAAGGAAAGGAUUCCGAACAUUCAUUCAUUCUGAUCAUGUAAUAAUUAUAAAUAUUAAAAAAAAUUUGAAAAUGAUUAAAAUUUAUUUUACAAUUAUUUAAAUUGAGAUUUUCAAAAUUCCUAUUUUUAAUUCUUACAGUCUUAGUCCGAAUACACGAAACCUGUGUAGAUAUAAAACAGGGGUGGUAUAUUUUUUAUCCGGCAAAAUAGAAUACAAUAUUUUAUUGCAUUGCAAGUCGUCAGUAGAUAGAUAGAAUUGUUAUUCUUCUCUCGUCUGCAUAAACAAAAUGUGUUUACGUGGACAAUUUAAAUUGUAUAACGCUAGGGGCUUAUCGCCUGUUUUACAGAUUAAAUUGAGCUGCUAAGUAGCUUAAUUAAAAUCACAAACAAUACAGUCCAAUUUACAGUCACGUGACGUGACCUAAACCUUGCAAGUUUUUAAAUGUUUGUAAUAUAUAUGUUUUUGCCCUCUAAUAUUUAAUUUAGGAUUUUAUUUGUACACUAUUGACUUUUUCUGCAACAGUAUUUUAUAAAUGUUGUACAUCCUGGACAAUAUUUGUGAAUUAUAAUAUCCGAAAGUAACAAAUAAUAUACUUUGAUAUUAAUAUGUAGCAAUAAAAUUGUCACUGACAAGGAAAUCUCCAUAUUAAUAGGUACUCGUAAUGUACAAUUACUUCCUAUAACAGUCACUGAGUUAUUAUUGCUCAAAAAUUGCUCAUGUGAUGUUAUCAAAAACAAAAUGUACAUCAAAUUACAAUAAAACGUUAAAAUGUUUUGAAGUUUGGUUAUUAAAUCUGUUUAUUUAGAUUAUUGUUAUGUAAAAAAAUCACUUUAUACCAAAUUAUAUUAAGGUAAAUUACUAGUCAUUUAUAUAUACUUUAGGAGGUAUAAGUGUGGACAGGUCGAAGUAAUAAAAUUGUACGCAUUGUUACAAUUAACAAACAUUUGUAAUACAUAUUUUAAUUUAAACUAUUUUAGUUAUCAGAAUGAUUUACUUAUAUGUAUAUGUCGCAGGAAAAUGAGAAUAUUAGGGAUAUCGUGAAAUACCUAGGGAUAUCAUUAUGAAAUACGAUAUAUACGAAAUUACAGAAAACGUUUAAUAAUGUAAAUAUUUAUAGUAAAUCUAAAAAUUUUGUGCAAAUACUGUAAUGUGAUACGUUGUUUCAUAAAAUGAAUUCUAUUUCGUAGCUUUCCUGGGUAUUUCAUUAAAUAUCUUUGCAUUCUCAUUUUGCUUUGGCGUGUACUUGCUUAGAAUGGCUAAUUAAGUUUUGAAAAUUGUCAGAAUUAUAAAAACCAUAAUACAAACACUAGUUAGUCUAGAUAAUUUUUGUAAUACAAUGCAGUUAAAUUUUAAAUAAAAUAUUAUAUUUAUUUACGAGACUUGGUUAAUAAAAUUUUAUUAAAUAAAUAUUUGUUACAGUAAUUGUUUUCUUAUAUCUAUCGCUCCAGUCAACCAAUUUCAACUAAUGAAGCAUAAAUCGCUAAAGUCAAAUAUUUCGUAUCGAAUGUAUUUUGUAUGUACAUCAUUAGGUAUACACGUGCGAUUCGUAAUUAUCCGUCCGUGUAUGAGGCCUCUAAUCUAAUAUGCGGUCAACGACAUCUGUUAGAGUUAGAAAAUAUAUAGCACUACAUAUAAAAAAAAAUUAUGUACAUAUUUACAAAAGAAUGGACACGAAUGUUAAAUUAAUUGAUCAAAAGAAAACAUGUAGAUUUGUUUAAAAUAUUCGAUUGUAAUUUGAUUUUGCAUUAUAUGGAGAUCUUUUGAUAAAUUUUAUACAUUUAUUUUUAAAUAUAUAUUAUUGAUUAUAUUUUAGAACAUAAAAGAUAAAAAGAUAUUAUAAAUAAUUAAGAAUAAUUGCCUCAUGUAUUUUAUAUUAUACAGUUAUUAAAAAAAAACUUUUUAUACAAUUAAAUUAUUGAUAAUGUUGCCAAAGGACUGCCAAUGCAUUGUAACAUAAGGAGAAGUCAAUCUAUGCCAACAUCAUGAUCAAUCUUGUUAAACUGGGAAAUAUAUUACAUGAAUUAUAAACUACAUGAAUGAGAAUUCUAGAAUGAACGUAACCACGCAACCAUAGACAAGCUUAUGGUACUAAAUAUUUCAAGGUUGUAGUUUAAACAAAAUUAAAGUUCAUGAACUUUUACAGACACUAUUGGAUUAGAGUCCCUCAGUUUUGAGUCUAAUUUACAAACCGAGUUUAAAUAAAUAUAUACGAUAUUUAUUUAAACUCGGUUUGUAAAUUGUAUAUUUAUUUAAUUUUAUUACUGUUUUAAUUGAAUAAAAACGUGUCUAUUUUUUGCAUAAGGAUUAAUUGAUAUACCUGUAUUGAAACCUAAAAUGUUUAGCAACCUUUUAAGGGAGUAUUCUAUUUAUAAAACUGUAAAUUUUCAUAAAAAAAAAAACGAAACGAAAAAGAAUUAUGAGUCUCCUAAACAUGGCACGUUCAGCUGUUAAGAUUUUUUUAUAGAUCGUUUUUAAUUUAUAUUAUCUAUUGCAUAUGCUAUGUGGUUCCGGUGGUAGUAUAUUCAGCAGUGGAUAGUUAAGGACUGAUAUAUAUACAUGAUAAUUCUAUAAUAUGGGUAAUUCUUAAUUUUAUGUAGAGCUAUUUCGAUUUCACCUUGUCAUAUUUGUCCGUAUAGCGCAUAGCAUUAUUGAAUAGGCAUUCUGUGUAACAACAGGAAAUGCUAAUUGGAUAUUGGUUUGCUUUGUACCUAAAGCUAUUCCAAGAUUCUUUAGUGAAGGACAAACUAACCCUAUUACUGUCCAGAGACAAUUUGGUGCGUUUUGUAUUUCUCUAUUCAUGAGCUUAUUAAUACAUAUUGAGGAUGUUGAAACGUACAUUACAUAUAGCAUCAAAACAGAAUAUUAUAACUGUUGCCUCAAAUAUAAUUUAUUAAUUUCAAAGUUUAUUGAUCCUAAUUAUUGUCAUGGUUUUGAUAACGUUUUAAUAUACCACACAAGCAAGAAUUAUUUAUAUGAAAAUAGAAUUCGAAAAUAUAAUAAUAUCUUAAUUAUUUAUAAUAUCUAUUAUAAAAUUAAUUAAUACUUGGUUGUGGCUAAACAUUUUUUUGCAAUAAUUUUAUGUAAUACUUUAGAAUUUAUACAAAAUACGAGUGUAAAGUGUAUACAAAAUUACAGUCGACUUUAGUAUAAACUUAAAAAAAAAAAAGACUAUGUAAAAUAAUUUUGGAAUAAAAAUGUAUCGGAACUAAUAAAUAUCUAAUUUUAUGACUGUUUACAAGAUUUUUAAUACUAUGUUUAAGAAAGUAUAUAUAUAUAUAUUUUUAUUUUCGAUAUCUAGAAUACCGGAAGAAAAGAUUUAUUUUUAUUUAUAAAAUAAAAUUUCCAAUAUUAAUAUUAAAUGUAUAUACGAAAGUCUAUUUAUCUAUCUAUAUAAGAGUCAGUCUAAUAUAAUUAAAUUAUUUCCAUUUUGUAUAGAAUACUUACAAGUUUAAUAAAACCAAUAUAUGUAUAGGGAAGUAAAUAAAAACUUUUAUAAACAGAUAUUUGAAGCAACUUUUCGUAUACGCUGCUAUAUUUUUCCAUAAUAAUAAAUCUCAGUAUGUAUGUUAUAUAUUCUUUUAUUUCUUUUUGCUAUAUUGAAAAAUAAAAAUUAUUAUAUUAUAUAAAAUCAUUGACGCACGAUUUGUACCUAUUAAGUACAUCAAUGAACUAUGCGAGUACAUAAAAAUUUAAAAUACAUUAUUAAUUCCAAUAAAAAUAAAAAAAAGAUUGUUCUAGUCUGCCUAGUCUAUUUGUUUUGUAAAAUAAAUAAUUUGCAAAAGAACCAAUGUUUU